AUGGUGGGACUAGCUCAACCAAUGCCUAAGAAGGUGUCAAGGAGCCAGCUCGACCGACAGCUCGAUCGAGCUAGAAACCAGGGCAACUCGAUCGAGUUCCUCAACUCGACCGAGAGGAUGGAAGAAUCUGAUGCAGAGGGUAUGUGUACUCUGAGGAAGUCUGAGAGUGAGAGAUUGAGGGAGAGGAGGACCAAGAAGAGGAAUGACCCCAUUAGUAGUGAGAGUGAGCAAGGGGAGUUUGAGAUUGGAGUGAACCUUGUUCAAGAGGAGGGAAAUGGUCUCCAAGUGAAGAAGGAGUGA